UUUCUGCCUUUUGAGGUACAAAGAUUGCAUGACAAAUUGUCUGUACAAUCCAAAGUUAGCUUUGUACUCCCAAGCUACAUGGUUAGUUUAUGGUUCAGUUUGUAAUGCAAACCCAGAAAAUUGAGUCAUGUAAAUACCAUGAGCUACAGUAGUGUGCUUUGUAUAUUCUCCACUAUUUUUAUUUAAUGCACUGUAUUCAACUGAAGAGGCUCUAGCUGCUAGUCCACUAAUAACAGUAAUCAGAAGUUCAGAACAUGGCUUCUAAGGUUAAAGAGUUUGUAUCAUUUGUUUGUUGUUCCCAUUUGAGGAAGUCAAAUGGAAACAGUGUAUACAUUUGUUCAUGGUAAAUCAGAUUUUAGAAAGCUGGACUGAAAUAUGAGGUUCCUAUUAGGGAGAAGGGAAAAAUCAAAAUAUUGUAAUAAUUUUGCAUGUAAAAUCUUACUCAGCCUUAAAGAUUAUUGCACACUAUUUCACACAUUUUCUUAAGUAUUUCCAAUAUGAAUACACAAAUCUUCCACAAUAAAGUGAGUUUAUUGAUUUGCUUGAUGGCAGUAAAAGCACAUGUAAGACAGAAACAUUAUCUUGGUCACAAUUAAGCCUGCUUAUUUGUUAAGUUUAUAUCUCCUUUCCUUCAGAAACUCAUAGCAGCAUACAAGCAGCUUCCUGUUUCCAUUUUCCCCACAACAACUUGUGAGGUAGGUUGGGUUGAGAGUAUGAAUGGAUCCAAAUCGCUGUGAGCUGCUGUAGAGGAAGCUGGACUUAAGCCUGCAUCUCCUUGGAACCACUCCAUACUUAAUAAUUAUACCAGACAUCUUAAGAUAGUACCAUUAGUAAUAUAUACUGUACUUGAAGAAUUUAGAUGACCAUGUUCCCAAAAGAGGUACUUGCAUUUUUGUUAAAUAAAAACUAAUUAUGCAUUAACUUUUUCAGGCAGGAAAUAGCCCAUGGAAAAUUUACCCAACUCAGUUUUGGAAUGUCAGGCUGAAGAGGAGAAAGUCAAGUAGGAUAGGAAUCAAAGACAAGAGAAGCAUUCAUGGUAGACUAUAAUUUAACCAAAGGAGAACCUUCCCAGCAGUCAGAAGCUUCAACAAGUCAAGCUCCCAGUUCAGUGGACCCCAGUCGGAGUCGCAGGUCCUCUGCUGCUUCUGGAUCUUCCCAGUCAACUUACCGAAGUCCGAAAGAUGCUCUACGCCAUCGCAUAUUGCACUUGUCUGAAUUGCUGCGGGUAGAGAAGGCCAAUCGUGAUGAGAACCUCUCCACUUAUGUGGAACUGGUAAGCAAGGCUGAUCGGGAAAAGGCACCCUCCAUCCGUCAAGCAUUUGAACGUAUCAACCAACGCUCUUCAGCUAAUAUUGCUCAUCUCGAACAGCGUCUGCAGGAUUGCAUAGCCCAACUGAAGAGAUUAGAACAGAAGAUUUUCUCACCUGCAGACAGCAGUUCCUCUACCCCACCCCAAACCCUCAAGGUCAAUGUGACCCAUCAAGGGCCAUAUAACAUAUUCAAGUUCCGCCCUACAGAAGCUCCUCUAAUAGAAGAAUACUCCAUCCAAGAAAGUGCAGAAAAUGAGUCUAUCACAGAGGGAGGCUCAAAGCAGUAUUUUGAAGAGGAGGCAAAAAAGAAGCUUCAGGAUCUGAGGAACCAAAUCACGGAGCUAAAGGAAUAUCACAAAGCCCUGGACAAUCAGAGGAACAUGUUAGAUGAAACUUGGAAAGCUGAUAAAAAGCAAAUUAUGGAACUCCUACAGGAGGAAAAGAAAAGGCACUAUAACCUGGAAAUACAAGUGAAUGAUGCGAUACAGCUAAAUCUCAAUGAAAUCACCAACCUCAAACAUGAUCUGGCUUGCACUGAGGAGAAGAUGGUGUAUCAAUCUUAUGAGAGGUCACGGGAUGUCUGGGAAGUGCUUGAUUCCUACCAGACCCGGCUUGCCAAACUGGAGCUGCAGCAGCAAGCCCAACAACAGGAGGCAAUGGAGAUGCCCCAGGCGAGUAUGUAUAAGCUUUAUGGACAGCUCAUGAACCUUCUACUGACCAUUGCUGCCAUUAUCCUGGUGUUUUUUUCAACAAUUUCAGCUUUUAUAGUGCCUCUUCUGCAUACUCGUAUGCGGGCCAUAUCCACUCUCCUUGUGAUCACCAUCAUAACUCUUGCAUGGAAUUACUUCCCUGACACUAUUGAGUCAGAAUGGAAAACAUGGCUUCCUUCAUUUGAAUAGUCAGACAACAUUGGCAUCAAUAUUUCUGUACCUAUGCUGCAGCUUCUCAACAAUAUAACUAUUUAUUUGUUUAUUAAAAUUAAAAAGAAGUCUGUCUUUCUGUUCUUUCUUUUGUCCUUGAUUGUUUCUAUAGCUAUGAAGAACUAAAUUAAAAAACUGCUUGAAAAACAAUUCCAUGUGACAAUCCACCUCUGAAUUCUAG